AAGUCACAAUUUGAACAGCUGUUUUUAAUUGUUAUAAUUUUCAUUCAAUAUACAUAUUUAAGUGAAAUUUUUUGGUGCAUUAAACUCGUAUACAUAUUGUAGCAUCAAAAUAGCAUAAAAUACAAAAUGAUUUUACUUGAACAGUAUGAACAGCAAUAUGCGGUGUUAAUCGCGGAAAUCACAUCUGAAAUUGCACAACUAAAACAGUUGAAAGGAGCGGAAAGACGCGAUCUGAGUUCCAAAAUAGAUGGAAGUCUUGCUGAAGCGCAUGAACUGUUAGAACAAAUGACUUUAGAAAUACGCGAUAUAGACGCAGCAUUACGCCCAAGUUUCCAAAAUAAAGUCAGUUGCGCACAAGUCGAAUUGAAAAGGCUACAAAAUGAUUAUCGUAAUGCUAAAGAAGCGCAGCAGAAACAACAUAUGACGGUUUUAGAGAUGGGUGGUGGCGACUGUGACUAUUACGAUGAUGUAUCCAUAGGCAAUGAUCAGCGGCAACAUUUAUUAGAAAAUUCGGAACGUAUAGAACGCACGGGCAAUCGUUUAGCUGACGGAUAUCGUGUGGCGUUAGAAACAGAAGCUUUGGGUGCACAUGUACUUAAUGAUUUAAGUCAUCAACGUGAAGUUUUGCAGGGUGCACGUUCACGUUUGCGGGAAACUAAUGCGGAUUUGGGACGUGCUUCAAGAACACUGAACACCAUGAUGUUACGCGCUUUGCGAGAGAAGGCUGUAUUAUAUGUAGUUGGUGUGUGUUUUGUGGUCGCUGUAGGUGUGAGUCUUUACUUGACAUUUUCAUCAAGUGCUCCUACAGCAAAGUAAGAUUUCUAAGACAAUAAUUAUAGUUGUUAAUUGUUUUUACUUUAGACAAUAUUAUAUGUAUUUAUUUAUAUAUUCGAUUUCUUUGUUAUACAUUCCUCUCGGUUUAACAUAAUUUGUAACUACUUGAAGUGUAAAAAGUAUGCUGAAAGAGUGAACGGAAAAUAGUAAAGCUUUAAAUUAAA